UCUCAGACUAGAAAGUAGAUUACUUACAGAAAUUAGUUACCCCUUGCCUCGUUAAACGUGCUUCAUGCGCGCAGACUGUGGAGACAUCCGUACGCCUUCGCCUCUCCAGAUGAGUGAAAAGCACCGAGACCGGAUGGUUCCCUCCCGAGGUACAAACUUCCGACUGGUGCAAACUUCGCGGCUCAUCCCGGUAUGAUCAUUUCCAACUUGAGCCUGAGCUGCGCGCACUGUCCCGAGGGAGUAGCCCGCAGCACGGAGGCGACGGACGCGUACGAGGAGGUAUCCGGUUCCCUGCCCCCUCCGUCCCUGAGCCCGACUGGGCACCUUGUGGUGGCGGUGUGCCUGGGCUUCAUCGGCACUUUCGGGUUUCUCAGUAACUUCCUGGUGCUCACGCUGUUCUGCCGGUACCGGGUUCUGCGCACGCCCAUGAAUCUCAUGCUGGUGAGCAUCUCCGCGAGCGACCUGCUGGUUAGUGUGCUGGGGACUCCGUUCAGCUUCGCAGCCAGCACCCAGGGGCGGUGGUUGAUCGGACGCGCUGGGUGCGUUUGGUAUGGGUUCGUUAACUCAUGUUUGGGUAUUGUUUCCCUCAUCUCAUUGGCUGUUUUGUCCUACGAGCGCUACUGCACCAUGAUGGCGCAGACUAUUGCAGACGGUAGAGACUUCCGCCCAACCCUGGCAGGGAUCUGCUUCUCCUGGCUUUACUCCGUGGCCUGGACCGUGCCUCCGCUGCUGGGCUGGAGCAGAUAUGGUCCCGAGGGUCCCGGCACCACCUGCUCGGUUGACUGGAGGACACGUACGCCAAACAAUAUCUCCUACAUCAUCUGCCUGUUCACCUUCUGCCUCGUUCUGCCGUUCGGCGUCAUCCUCUACUCCUACGGCAAGCUGCUGCACGCCAUCAGACAGGUCCGCAGCGUGAGUUCAGUGGUGACCCGUCGCAGAGAACAGCGGGUGCUGGUGAUGGUUGUCACAAUGGUGGUAUGCUACCUGGUCUGCUGGCUGCCCUAUGGUGUGGCAGCUCUGCUUGCAACCUUCGGCCCGCAUGAUCUUUUGACACCAGAGGCGACCAUCAUGCCGUCACUGCUGGCCAAAUUGUCCACUGUCAUCAAUCCCUUUAUCUACAUAUUCAUGAACAAACAGUUUUACAGGUGUUUCACGGCAUUCUUCAGCUGCUCCAUCCCUGAGCAGAGCUCCACCUUAAAGACGUUUUCUCGGGUGACUAAGACAUUCCGCUCCAACCGCCAUGAGAAGGAACCCCAGGUGUUUGCCGCCGCUCCAUCCACAGCCUUGCCCACACCCCACUCCAUUCAUGAAUCCUCGCAGGAAGCCAAUCACGUGGCUCAAUCUCCAACAAAAAGAGACUGUGUGGUUUCCCAAACUCCUACUGCUGUCAGCCUCAAACCUAAACUGAUUCUGGUGGCUCACUAUAGGGAAUAAAAACAGAGACAACAGGAGGUGAAUGCUCAGAGAAACAAGAAGGCGCAAACGAGCGGGAGAACAGGUCUCCAAUUAAGAAACAAAUCCUCUUAAUAGCUGGAAAGAACGAUUGCAGUGGGACCGCAGUGGGAGUUUUAAAUACAAGCUGGGAUGCUUUAAUCCCAGAACAGGUUAUCAUUGCUGUGUGAGGUCGGCAAACAGGGAUAGAGGCUCUGUGUACAAAUCAGAAGACAGAUUUGAAGAUUAGGGCUACACAGAGUGCUAUGUGUUAAAACCACACACUUCUGCCAUUACGAUGUACCCGACAUAAUCACAUCCAUUGUACACAAGAGCACAAAUGUUGCAUUAAAGCUCACUUACCUCUGCCUAAAGUUUACCAUUAAGGACCAUGUAUUUCUUUCACACUGGAAGACGGAUAAUUCUACCUAAUUCUGCAGAAAUGGUCAGGGAUGUAUGGUCAGAACAUGACCCACGCAGUGCCAAUGUGGAGAGGAAGAUUACAAAACAAGAAGCCUGCUGUUUUAGAAAAAGUGGAUAUUCGCUUUUACUAAAUGUU